AUGCGUUUCUCAGCAUCCGUGAUCCUUGCUGCCGCUGCCGCCAGCACGGCCUCCGCUCAGUCGGUCGUCGGCACGGCGUACGGCUUUGCCACCGGCGUCACCGGCGGUGGCAGCGCUAAGGCUGCCACCCCGUCCUCCGCCGAAGAGCUGGCCGAGUGGCUUUCCGACGACACCGCCCGCACCAUUGUUAUCGACAAGGAGUACGACUUCACCGGCGAGUCGGCCUCUGGAGCGGGAUGCGACCGCAAGAGCUGCAGCUCCACCAACGGUGGACAGUUGUACCUCGGAGAUCUGUCUUGCGGAACCAGCGACAACACCGUCGCGACUGUCACGUACGACGUCGCCGGCACCGAGCCCCUGGUUGUCGGAAGCAACAAGAGCAUCAUCGGCUCCAACGGCAAGGGCGUUCUCAACGGCAAGGGUCUUCGCAUCCAGAAGAACGCCAAGAACGUCAUCAUCCAGGGCAUCACCAUCACCAACCUCAACCCUGGUGUUGUCUGGGGAGGUGAUGCCAUCGAUCUCCAGGGAGGCAACGAUGGUGUCUGGAUCGACCACAACAAGAUCUCCCUGGUCGGCCGUCAGUUCAUCGUCAGCCACUACGACGGCUCCCGCGCCACCAUCUCCAACAACGAGUUCGACGGUGUCACCACCACCUCUGCCUCCUGCAACGGCAACCACUACUGGACCAUGAUGCUCAACGGUGACGGGGACCAGAUGACCCUCGAUCGCAACUACUGGCACGACGUCUCCGGCCGCGCCCCCAAGCUCGGCGAGAAGGGAACCUUCCAGGCGACCAACAACCUGUUCUCCAACAUGAAGGGCCACUCCUUUGAGCUCUACUCCGGCACCGUCUCCCUGAUCGAGGGUAACGCCUUCGAGUCCGUCGACACCCCCUACGAUGGCGAGGCCUACUCCAACAGCUUCAACGUCCCCGACGCCUCGUCCGCCAGCUCUUGCACCUCUUCCAUCGGCCGUGCUUGCCAGGUCAACAGCGUCGACUCCUCCAGCGGUACCUGGAAGGCUCUCAAGGAGACCACCGCCCUGUCCACCUUCUCCAAGCUUAAGGACUACCUCGUCGAGCCCGUCGCUGCCACCGGUGUCUCCGCUCUCGUCAAGGGCAGCGCUGGACCCGCCAACGUGGGCUCCUCCACGGCCGCCACCCCUACCACCGAGACCGAAGAGACCUCCACCGAGGAGACCGCAACCGAGGAGAGCUCCGCCGCCGCGACCACCCCUGCUGCCACCGAACCUGCUACCGAGGAGGCCACCACCGAGGAGUCCGGUUCUUCCUCGACUGUUACUGCCCAGGCCUGGAGCCAGUGCGGUGGCAGCGGCUGGACUGGCGCCACUACUUGCGCCGCCGGAACCUCUUGCGUCGUUCAGAAUGAGUGGUACUCUCAGUGCCUCAGCUCCGCCGCCAGACGCAGCAUGAAGUCGCUCCGUCGCAUCUAA